AUGCCGCCGAAAAAGAACAAACCGAUUAAACAGAAACAAUACCUCAACAAUGUAGAUCUACCACUAUCCAAAACGGGAGCUAAAGUGCUGAAAGCCACAAAUGAAAAUGUUCAUCCGCAACCGCCAACCGUCGUAAAAUCGAUCCUGAAACCAACGCCAGCUCCUCAGCAAUUGUCCGCGGCAACUGGAACGGGAACCAAAACCGACAAUAAGUACAAACAACCGGAACUUCACUCGACGUUGGCCGUGCGGAAACAAAUAGAGAUGGUGAAGCAGCAAGCACACAAAGCUCAGCAGCACGCCAUCACCAGCAUCGGGGAGCUCACUCCGCGAUCCCAAAAGUUAAUAAAAUCUCAGAUCACUAAAAAGCUGAACUACCAGUUCGAUCACGCUGCGUUCAAGGAACUGGAAUCGGUUAAUGUGAACGAUUCGGUACUGCAGCUGGUUCUUCACUGA